UUUUUAUAGAUAGUUAUAGAUAUAUUCAGUACAUCGAUAUUUCUUAUUAAUGCGUGAUAGAUGCGAAAGUCCUUGGCGGCCUCAAUGAACAUACAACUAAGUUGAGAUAAUAUUUUUUGCAAUAAAAUUUUGUACAAGGGAAAAGGAGGAUAAUUGAUAUCAUAUGUAAUUGUUGAUUUGUUGAUUUGUUGAUUUGUAAUUGUUGAGUAAAAGGAAAUUUUACGGACGAUUACUAGCAUAGCUUUUUAUUUUUGUAUUGGAUAUUUUUUGAGAAUGUUCUCUGCGCAUGCGCGAGAAAAGCGACUUGUAUACCAUGCUAUCACUGUCUUCCAGCAAAAAAUCUCUGCUUUCAUGUUUCAUGCGGAGUAUCUCCACGAGUUUGGUUAGAAAGCAUGGCAAACACGCUAUACGGCCGUACCGGUUGUAGUUUCAUCCUACGAUCGUUUGCACCACAUAUAUAAUUAUUUUAUUAAAAUAUUAGAGAAACAUUCUUUAGACGGUAAUUAUUUACAAUAUCGGUCUUCACCUCCGAUUUUGAUAAAAUUGAGCUCAAUCAACGCGAUUUUACUCAAAAUAAAAGAAUCAUUCGAUUUAAUACGGCGAGAUGAACCUUUCAGCCAAGAGAUAUUUGGAAUUCAUCGCAACGUGACGCAAAACAUUUUCACUUAAAUCGUCAUAAACGUAACAAAAAAAAAAAAUAGUAUGAUCUAACAAAGACGAUUUCAUCGACGACUGCCGGCGAGAACAAAAAGAUAACAUUGAACGAUGCUGAUCUUGACAAGAUUGCCAUGCUCCUCGUUGGGAAUCAGCAACGCUUCAGAGAAAAUAUAAUAAUUCCCAGAAUGCUGGGACCCGUGCAUAUAAAAACCAUUGAAGAGAAAAGAAUAGAUAGUAUAAUGGAAAGCUGUGCAUUCAAGAGCAUCAUGAGCUGUGUUAUUGGAUAUGGUUUGGGAGCAGCCAUCGGACUAUUCUCCUCUAGUGUGAAUCCUAAUGUAGCCAGCAUCGAGAAGCAGCAAAGCGCGCGAGAAAUAUUGAAAGAAAUGAAAACUACCACUCUGAGUUACGCAAAAAACUUUGCUGUCGUAGGAUGUAUAUUUUCUGCCAUUGAGUGCACAAUAGAAUCGUCUAGAGGUAAAACUGAUUGGAAAAAUGGUACAUAUGCAGGUGGUUUAACUGGUGGACUAAUCGGCUUAAGAGCCGGCAUAAAAGCAGGUAUAGUUGGCGCUGCAGGUUUUGCAGCGUUCUCAACGGCGAUAGAUUAUUAUAUGCAUAGAUCUUAAACUGCAUAGCAUCAGAAGUUGUUGAAAGAUAUAUAUAUAUAUAUAUA